UACACUAUUCAAUCAGUGUGAAAUCAACAGCUAACAGCUAAACAAUGAAAGCUAUAACAAUUGCCGUCUUGGCUAUCAGCCUUUUGGUGGUCUUCGUCGCAGCGCGGCCGAAUAAAUAUGAAUCACAGGAAUAUGGUUUAAGAAAGCAACAGCAAAAACCUCAGCAGAGGCCCCCACAAGAGUCUAGCGAGGAGCAGCAACCAAAUGGACCACCACAGAACAAUGAUGACUCAAAUGAACGCCCACCACAACAAAACGGUCCCGGCAAACGUCCAUCACACGGUCAUCACGGCAAUGGCAAUGGCCAUGGUCACGGUCAUGGUAAUGGUCAUGGUCAUGGUCAUGGUCAUGGUCCCCCACACGGUCACCGCCCACCACAUCGUCCCACCCCACCGCCAGAGGAAGAUACCACAGCUGAUUCUAACGAGUCUACAGUUGUGCCCGAAGAGUCUACGGUUCAGCCUGAGGAGUCAACUGUGCAGCCUGAAGAAACUACUGUACAGCCCGAGGAAUCUACUGUGGAGCCAGAGGAGACUACAGCACAACCUGAAGAGUCUACUGUGCAGCCUGCAGAAUCAACUGCUCAACCUGAAUCAACUGUUCAGCCUUCUACUGCUCAGCCCGCAGAAACUACAGCACAACCCGAAGAAUCAACUAUUCAACCCGAAGAGUCUACUGUGGAGCCAGAAGAGACCACAGCACAACCUGAAGAGUCUACUGUGCAGCCUGCAGAAUCAACUGCUCAACCAGAAUCAACUGUUCAGCCUUCUACUGCUCAGCCCGCAGAAACUACAGCACAACCCGAAGAGUCUACUGUUCAACCUGAAGAGUCUACUGUUCAGCCCGAAGAGACUACUGUGGAGCCAGAAGAGACCACAGCACAACCUGAAGAAUCUACUGUGCAGCCUGAAGAGUCUACUGUUGAACCCGAAGAAACGACAGCACAACCCGAAGAAUCUACUGUUGAGCCCCAAGAAUCAACUGCUCAGCCCGAAGAGUCAACUACCUCGGAGUCUUCAACUCAGGCUCCAGUUGAGACCACUUCUGAAGCUCCAGUUGAAUCCACUCAGGCUCCAGAAGAAUCUACAACUGAAGCACCUGAGGAGACUACGCAGGCGCCAGAGGAGACCACAACCGAAGCCCCUGAGGAAACAACAGCUGCACCUGAAGAGACCACAACCGAGGCCCCCGAAGAGACAACAGCAGCACCAGAGGAACCUGAAUCAAGUUCGGCCCCUGAAGAUCUUGAUGUAACUACCAAGGCACCCGAAGAUCCAGAAGAGACAACAACCGACGGUUCUGGCGAAACUACCUUAGUCACAGAGGAGCCAACGGAAACCACUCAAGAACCCGAGGAAACCACAACUGAGGGCUCGGGAGAGACUACAGAGGAGAGCACCACAGUGCCAGAGGAGACAACAACAGAGUCUGAGGAGGGAAGCGGAGCGACGAGUAGUUAAGCAACACGUGAACUCUCUCUCUCUCCUUCUCGCUCUAUAGAGAGACUCGUAGUUCGUAUAGCAAGACGUCAUUAAAGCAUUGAGAUAUGCAUUUGCAAUAUCAUAUUUCUUAGAAUUUCAUUCUUUAUUCAAUGUGACGAGUGCUUAGCCAAAAGCAUAAGCGACAUGUACUGAUGGUUUUUUAGUUAAGAAUCGCAAUUAAAUUGUUUAGUUUAAGUAGUUGCUGAUAUUCAAAUUAUACGAUUAUCAAAUCAA